AACCCUCUUGCAGAGACUGGACGGAGCAAACUGCAGAAUCAGAGGGCAGCUCUGAACCAACAGAUUCUGAAAGCAGUGAGGAUGAGGGCUGGCGCUGAGAACCUUCUACGGGUGACGACCAACAACAAAGCGCGAGAACAGGUGCUUCUUGAACUCAGUUAUGUAAACUCAAAUCUGCAGAUUCUUAAGGAAGAGCUGGAAGGACUCAAUAUCUCGGUCGAGGUCUACCAGAAUACUGAGGGAGCUUUUAGUAUUCCGUUGAUACCACUUGGUUUGAAAGAGACCAAAGAUGUUGAUUUUACUGUCUUUCUGAAGGACUUUAUUCUGGAACACUAUAGUGAAGAUGCUUCUGAAUAUGAGAACGAAAUUGCUGAUCUUAUGGAUUUACGACAAGCGUGUCGUACCCCCAGCAGAAAUGAAUCUGGGGUUGAGAUGUUGCUAUCCUAUUUCAUUCAGCUUGGGUUUAUAGAGAACCGAUUUUUUUCACCUAGCAGACACCUGGGAAUUUUAUUUACCUGGUAUGACUCCUUCACAGGUGUCCCUGUCUGCCAGAAGAACUUGUUGCUUGAAAAAGCCAGCAUUUUAUUUAAUAUUGGUGCACUUUACACACAGAUUGGUACAAGGUGCAAUCGACAGACAGAUGCUGGCCUUCAAAAGGCAGUUGAAGCUUUACAGAAUGCUGCAGGAGUUCUGAAGUACCUUAAGGAGACCUUUACUCACACCCCAAGUUAUGACAUGAGCCCCGCCAUGUUGAGUGUGCUGGUCAAGAUGAUGCUUGCUCAGGCCCGGGAAUGUGUCUUUGAGCAAAUCUGCCUCCCUGGAAUAAGGAAUGAAUUCUUCACACUGGUAAAGAUGGCCCAGGAAGUUGCAAAGGUUGGAGAAACAUACACGCUUGUUCACACUGCAAUGAACCAAACACCAGUCAAGGAGAACAUCCCUUACUCCUGGUUGAAACUGGCCCAGAUCAAGUCAGACCACUUCAGAGCUUUGGCACAUUAUUUCGUGGCAACUAUGCUGAGUGACCACCAGAUACGUGAGAAUGAUGACGAAGACCAGCAGGAAAAGGCCUUCUCUCAGCUGUAUGACCACGUGCCGGAUGGGAUGACGCCCUUGGGCAUUUUAAAGGACAAUGCUCAGCGCAAACAACUAGGAAAAGCGCAUUUGCGGAGAGCCAUUAUACAUCACGAGGAAGCCUUGAGAGUUUGUGGCAUGUGCCAAAAGCUCCGGAACAUCGAGGUCCUCCAGGAAAUUCUGGCAGUCGCUCACAAGCGAUCCCUCCUCAAAUACUCACAGCAGGAGCAGGAAGAUGAUUUUUUGAGUUUGGCACAGGCUCCUGAUAUCAAUCCUAAGACAGAUCACAAAAUUGAAACGAUCGCUCCGCUGUUCUCCAAGGUGAAAGUCAAAGACUUAUUCGAGAGGCUGGGUCCGCUUACAGUGUUUUCAGCAAAACAGCGGUGGACUGCUCCUCGCACGGUGCGUUUCUGCUCUGAACCUGAGGGCCUGGGGUUCACUUUGAAAGGCGGCCCCCCUGUACACAUUCACUGUCUCGAUCCAAUUUCUCCUGCAGCAUUGGCAGGCCUGAAAGAAGGAGACUGCAUUGUGGCCAUUCAAGGCACUGACUGCAAAUGGCUGGGAGCAAGCGAGGUCUUGGAAAAAUUCCAGAACUUGAGAGAUCAAGAAGCAGAGAUCCAGGUUAUCAGCUGUCAAGACACCGCAGCUUCCCUGCACAACAAAAGUGCAACUUAUUCUGUGGGAAUGCAGAAAACAUACUCUCUGAUCUGUUUGGCCAUGGAAGAAGAAAAAACAGAUAAGGCCAAGAAAGUGACUCCUAAGCUGUCCUUUUUGAGCUGGGGCAUGAAGAACAGGCAGAAAGCAGCUAGUACGCUUUGUCUUCCUUCGGCGGUUACUGGGAGCUCCCCAGCAAAGAAGAAACUUGCCUCUCCCUUCACGCUUCUGAAUACAGACAGCUCGUUGUACUAGGACUUGAAAAGGAGGCUUCUUUCAUCCAGAAAUGUUUUCUGAAUGAGCGCCAUAAACCUGACAUGCAACCUCGGUAAACCUGAACUGGCUCCAGAUGGAAGUGGCGGUGCCAGCUCAGACUUGACCCACGCUGUGAAAUUUUGAAGGAACUUGUACUACACCUGCCAGAGAAACACAACAGUGUCACUUGGGGAAAUUUGGGGAUCUUGUUUUGUUGCUGAGAAAACAAA